AUGUAUAAAAUAAUUGGAUUAUUAUUAUUAAUUGUUUUAAUUAAAGAUGGUUAUUGUGGAACAAAUCGUACUUAUCUUAUAAAAAAAGAUCUUAUAAGUGGUCUUAAAGGUGGAGAAUUUACAGUUUAUGAUACAACAGGAAAAAAUGCUUUAUUUCGAAUGGAAUCAAAACCAGGUGUAUUACAUAAUGUUAGAUUAUUUGAUGGGUUAACAAAAAAAAAUCCAAUAGCUUUAUUAAAAGCUAAAGUAAGUGUUGUUCUAUAUAAAGGAACAAUUGCAAUUUUAAAUAAAAAACUUAAUCAAUGGCAAAAUGGAACAAUUAAUCAAAAUUUUAAAAUUGUUGGAAAUAAAUUUCUUCUUAGUUAUAAUAAUGUUGAUAUUUCAAUGGAAGGAAAAGCUGCAUCAUUAGAUACAACAUUUAUUGAUCAAUCAAAUCAACAAGUUUUAGCUAAAUUUCACAAAAGAGUUUCUUCAUUAUUUUGGAAAAAUAAAUAUGAUUUACAAGUUUUAUCGGACAAAUUUCCCGAUCAAAUCUAUUUCUUAGGUGUUGCUGCAAGAGAUCAUACUAAUAAAAAAAUUCAUAGUGGUUAA